AUGCAUCAUACUAUGACAGAAACUGAAUUUUUUACUUCUAUCAUUAAAGGAGAAAACAAUAAGCCUGAAUAUCAUUGCUAUGUCGAAGAAAUCUUUGAAAACUCAGAAAAUAUGACAACAGCAGUUACUAAUGUUUAUCAAAAAUGUCUUGAAAAGAAGAAAUGUUCUAAUAGUACAAAUUUAGUUGGUCUAAAUUAUUUUGGGAUGGGUAACGAGGACCAUCUAGGAAGAAUAUCUGCAGAUAUAAUUUUUGUUCCAUUCUAUAUUCAAGAGAACAAUUUUAAAUUGAAGAAGUUUCAUGUUCAUCUUUAUUCAACAAAAACUGGGGAAAAGCUAAAGGAAUAUCAGGAUUCUGAUGUAAAUGAAUUAUGGAAAUCAAUUGGAUUGUUCACUAUGUUCUCUGGUAGUCAACUCUUCCUAUUGGAAAAUUUAGAAUUAAAACAAGUAAUUGACACAUUAACAAAUUUUGAGUAUUGGUCUAAAGCUGAUGAUAGUGCAGCUGAUUUAGAAACAUUGCAGCUUUUUUCUGAAAUCAAUUCAAAAUCAGAGCCAGAAUUGGAAUCAGACAAAGAUUUGGACUUAGGUUUACAAGUGAAAACUUUUUGGUCAUGUUUUGAAGACUCAAUGAAUAAUAACAUAAGAGGUAGUGAAGGUCAGCGAAGAAUUUUAUCAAUAAUUGCAGAGGAUUUUACAUACUUAAAAUUAAGGGAAAAGCUUAAA